AUGAGGUCAAACAGAAGGAAAGAUUACACUAGGGCGUUCCCCAGAAGCGACGAACCAAGAAAAGUAAACAAUCCAAGCAUUAAGAAAGUAAAAGCAAAAAUCAAAAUCAGAAUCGGAACAUGGAACAUUGGCAGUCUUACAGGACGAAGCAAGGAACUUGCUGAGAUACUAAAAAGAAGAAAUAUAGAUAUAUGCUGUAUUCAGGAGUUGAAAUGGAAAGGUGCAAAAGCACGAAAAAUUGGUGAAGGUUAUACAGUAUUGUACAACGGUUUCAACGCAAAAAAUGGUAUUGGAAUAGUACUCAACGAAAACAUGUGUGAUAAGAUUAUUGAAGUUAAGCGCAUAAGUGACAGGCUCAUGUACGUCAAAAUGGUCAUAGAAAAUAAGAUAUAUAAUAUUAUGAGUGCAUAUGCUCCUCAAACGGGAUGCGACAGUCAAACAAAGCUACUAUUUUUUGAAUCUUUAGAAGAAACAAUGCAGGCGAUAUCAUUAAAUGAGGCUAUUAUUUUGUGUGGUGAUCUAAAUGGUCAUAUAGGUAGAACAAAUGGUACUAAUAGCCCUUGCCACGGAGGUUUUGGCUACGGACAAAUUAAUGAGCAGGGUGAAUGGAUCCUUGACGUAGCCAGCGCACAUGAUUUGAAAAUAAUAAAUAGUUGUUUCCAGAAAAAAGAUGAGCAUCUCAUAUCGUAUAGUAGUGGGGGCUCAUGCACGCAAAUAGAUUAUAUUAUGUGUAAAACUUCAAAUGCACGUCAGUUUCUGGAUUGUAAAAUCAUACCAGGUGAAUCUCUUACUAGUCAACACAGACUCUUGCUAGCGACUUUCGAGGUGGACUCGUCGAACUUAAGAAAUGUAAACUAUCACUCGAAGAAAACAAAGUGGAACAAUAUAUAUAAAGAUGAGGGAAAUGCAUUUAUUCAACAAGUUAACCGAAAUUGCGAGAGUCUAGUCAAUGCAGCACAAUUUAUAUUAGACGAUGGCUGGAAAGAAUUUCAUAAUAAGGUAAACCGUUUGGCAAGGGAAUAUCUUGGUACUACAAAAGGCAAAUCCUAUGGCAAGAAAGAAACUUGGUGGUGGAGCGGCGAUGUUCAAGAGGUGCUUAAACAAAAGAAAAUCGCUUUUAAACAGUGGAAAAAAGGGCCAACAUAUGAAAAUCAUGCUAUCUACAAACAAACUUGUAAAAUUGCGAAAAGGACCGUUGCCAUUGCUAGAAACAACGCGUAUCAAAAGUUCUAUGAAAAUCUGGAAACACCUGAAGGGCAAAACCAAAUUUAUAAAAUCGCGACCGUUAAAUAUGGUACGGACCGUUAA